UCCUGGCUAUCCUGGGAUGCGCGGCAUCACGCUACAAUUUAUUUCAGCGCUGCAUGGCACGGCUGCACGCACACAGGACUGUCGAUCUUUUUGCGGUUCGAAUUCCCAGAACUCCAUCCGCUCCGCCACAUCCCUUUGGUGGCCCUGGCAACGGCCGCCAACCACCGCGCUCAUCGCGCCCAUCAACAUUCUUGGGAUUCCAUAACUCUAACGCUAAUCUAAGAGGUCCCUGGCCGCCAGGAUCCGCUGCAACAACAGCUUCGCCUCAUCAUCCACCUUGUCCAAAUGACGACGUUACCGGGUUUGACGGCAUUAACACCGCUGACCCUAACCAGGAGUGGGAAAAUGUGAAUUUGCGACUCGACAACAGUAUUAAUCGUCUAGGCGAAAGAGUUAGUGUCAUGCGGGCAGCUCUGUCUCGCGGAGAACAACAGCAGCCGCCGCCACAACUACCGCACAGGCAGCCGGGGAAUUUUUCCCUGGAAAGCGUUUCUGGAAGCAACCCACCAUCAGAUUCCUCUUAUCACAGCGCCAUCGACCCGGAGCGAUACAACAACACAGACCGGGAAGCUGUUAACGAUAGUAUGGCCCAUUUCGUGGAGAAUAUGGAUGAACGGACCAGAAGACUGUCUGCUGUGUGGAGCCGAAGCGUGACGGACCCAGCCUUUCCCGCCCAUAUGGCCGCCUUCUCGACCAGUAUUCUGUAUGAUACUGUUGCAAGUGGACCGGAAGGAGAGCGUCAGAUGGCUGAUGGAAUUCGAGCGUGGCGCGAAAUGGACUUGGAAGUUCGGGCACAGGGUGGUCCAAGCGAUGAAUUUGAAGCGCAGCGUGAAGAAUUCAAACGUCGCCGCGAGCGUUUCAAGCGACUUCGGCGUCAGACACAGUAAUUCGAUCAUCGGUUGCGUUUCCUUGAUUGAUACAUUGUAUGUAUAUACCUAUACCCACACAAUUUUGUAUUUUAAUACCCAGAACUAAGGUUUUGAAAUUUGUUACGGAAUUGCUUUUUAGUUGAUCUUUUGUUAUAUGGCUGCAUAAUGUUGGAGCUUUUUUGUUUCGACAAUUCCUGUUAUUUCCUAUGCUGGAUCACUUACGUUUACAUU